GCUGCACUUCCUCUCUUUUCUUUCUUAUAUUAUUCUUCCACAGUCAUCACUCCCUCAACUUUCUUCCAACUCAUCUUCUUCCUAUUUUUCCCUAAUUUUUCAUCCACAGAUACGAAUCUUACCUUCCCCUCCUUUCUCAUCUCCAGUUCAUCCCCAACAGAGCACACCUUCCUUCUUCGUUCUCCCUUCUUCUUCACACACGAAGCUCACCACAGACCCAACCACAUGCUUUUCGUUUCCUGCCCUCAAUCCCUCGCUCAACAAUCUGCAACUUCCGAACGCCGGCGAGAUAUCAGCGAGAUUCCGACGAGUUCCGCCAGACCCUCUGGAACCUUCUCCGUUCGGGUUCGCUGCGGAUUCUCCAGCUUCGAUAGCGUCAGCGAGGUUCAUCACCAGCAACCCGAUUCCGUUCUUAGUUAAUUGCAGCAGUUGGCAUCACUGGUUAAAUAUGGGUUCUGCUAUUGCUGUUACCCUCAAUUUUUCUCUCAGAGGCACUCUUUGAACUAAGCAUUAAGAAGUGCAACGUUUUGACACUCUUAUUACUCUCUGUUCUGCAAUUGAAAUGGCUUCACGAGCAGAGACAGAGCAUCCCAACAAGGCAUUUGGAUGGGCAGCAAGGGACACUUCUGCCAUUCUCUCCCCUUUCAACUUCUCCAGAAGGGCAACAGGGGAGAAAGAUGUUGCAAUUAAAGUAAUGUACUGUGGAAUAUGUCACUCAGACUUACAUAUGUUAAAGAAUGUCUGGGGCUGUUCAAUCUAUCCUAUUGUUCCUGGGCACGAGGUUUCCGGUGUGGUGACAGAAGUGGGAAGCAAGGUGCAAAAGUUCAAAGUUGGAGACAGAGUUGGUGUGGGGGGCAUGGCUGGAUCCUGUAACUCAUGUCAGAACUGUAGUGAAGGUCUUGAGAAUUACUGUCCCAAAAUGAUUUUCACAUACAGUGGGAAGUAUGUUGAUGGCACCAUAACAUACGGAGGCUACUCUGACUCAAUGGUUGUAGAUGAACACUUUGUGGUUCGCAUUCCAGAUAGCCUACCUCUUGAUGCUGCUGCACCUCUCCUGUGUGCUGGAAUCUCAGUGUAUAGCCCUUUGAAAUAUUAUGGACUUGACAAGCCUGGACUUCAUAUUGGUGUGGUUGGUCUUGGUGGACUUGGUCACAUGGCUGUCAAGUUUGCCAAAGCUCUUGGACUUAAGGUCACCGUAAUUAGUAUCUCCCAACAAAAGAAGGAAGCCAUUGAACACAUGGGAGCUGAUUCAUUUGUUGUUAGCCGUGAACAAGAUGAGAUGAUGGCUGUUAUGGGAACCUUUGAUGGAAUCAUUGACACAGUUUCUGCUGAUCAUUCUCUCGUGCCUUUGAUUGGCCUGUUGAAGGCUCAUGGUAAAUUAGUCAUGAUUGGUGCACCAGAGAAGCCUCUGGAGGUUCCAGCAUUUUCCUUACUUACGGGGAGGAAGAUGGUUGGUGGCAGUGCAAUUGGAGGGAUGAAAGAGACGCAAGAAAUGAUCGAUUUUGCUGCGAAGCAUGAUGUGAAACCUGAUAUCGAAGUUAUUGAAAUGGAUUAUGUGAACACUGCAAUGGAACGCCUCCUCAAAGCAGAUGUGAAGUAUCGAUUUGUUAUUGAUAUUGGAAACACGUUGAAGCCAAGUUCCUGAAUAAAGAGUAUGCAUAAGUGUUUUAGAUUUCAGAAACUGAACGUAGGGUAUGAGAAUGAAUCUUUUUGUUUUUGUUCUUAGCAUUAUGUGUGUUUGUCGUAUUGAGUUUUUGUUAGGAUUUGGUUUUUAUUAGUCAAUUGAGUUUCUUGUUCGACAUGGUUAGAGAUUGAAAAACUAGUUUUAGUCUUACACGUUUUUAUGGGUUGUUAAACGUGGCUGUGCUGUUGGUUUAUCAAACCAGAAUUGGCUGUUACUGUUUUUUCUGUUUUUCUACACGUGACAGUUAGCUUAGUUAACUUUCCUAUUGUCUCCUUGUUUCUUGUAUAUAUAGCCUUUGCUAACUCUGUGAUCAGUGUUGACUGAAUAAUACUUACAAAGUGUAAAAUUCUAUUCUGUUC